UUCAAGUCCAUUGGGAAUGGAGGAUAGUCGUAUAAAGGACAACCAAAUCACAGCAUCAUCUUUCGCACAGUCUUACAAAAAAAUCAGUUUAUAUGCGCCAUGGCAUGGUCGCCUGAACAAAGUAAGAACUGCCGACGAUAACAUCGGUGGAUGGGGGUCCGGCGGAAAAAAAGAGACUUUAAUUGGAAACUAUAUCGAGAUUGACCUUGGYAGUAUUAAGGUCAUUACCAUGGUAGCAACUCAAGGCCAGGACCAAGGAACAAAKUGGGUUACUAAGUACUCAUUACAGUACAGUAAUAAUGGUAGUAACUGGAACCACUACGAGGGUCCAUGUCUCAAGUAUUUUCCUGGAAACAGCAAUGCCAAUACCAUUGUUACCAACAAGCUUGAAUCACCAAUCAAAGCCAGGCAUAUUCGACUGAUUGUGGAAGGGUWUUAUAAUUGGGCGAUGCUGAGACUGGAGUUAUAUGGGUGCUAGCUCUCCUAUGGCAACGAAUAAACAA